AUGGAACGUAUUCUUCUUGCCGUCGACUAUCGAAAUCUAACCGAACUCAAACUUUUUAAUUUCAAACAAGAAGUCGCUUUAUCCUAUUUUACAAACGAAUCAUCUCUUCGACAUAUCUUCCAACAACAAAUUACAGAUCUUAUUCUUAUAAAUAAUGACAAAGAGAAAAUGAUAGGAUCAUUAAGCAAUUAUACUAUCAAUGUCUAUGGACAUAUCUUGAAGUUCUUUAAAAAUUUAACACAUUUGAAUAUUACUGAAGGAUUCAAUUCAUCAUAUCCAGGAUUGAUACUUCGUGAUUUACCAUCGACUACUUUCUUCUCUUCAAUUCUUACUCAUUUAUGUAUCAAUACGUACAAUUUAGAUGAUUGUCUUUAUUUACUUGAUGGUCGACUCAAACAAUUAACUACAUUAAUUGUUCGAAUACAUUACAUGCACUUUUCAUCAACUGUUCACAACAUGGAUAAUUUACCUAAUUUGAAAUGUUUAUCAUUAAAAUGUUAUGCUCAAACUCGUCAAUAUGAUGAGGCAAUUUUACCUCUUCUUCGUCGUAUGUCAUAUUUGGAAAACUUAACUUUAUAUCUUCGUAUAAAAAAUAGAGGUACAUUCAUCGAUAGAACUCAUCUUGAAAAUGAAAUUCAUGUUUAUAUGCCACAACUUCAUUCAUUUACUUUUUAUAUUUGUACUUAUGACAAUACUGCUGAUUUAUUUCGUUAUGUGCCCAGUCAAGAUAUCCAACGAAAUGUCACAUAUGAUGGACACCAGCGUAUGGCUAGUAUUAUAAAUUAUAUCAAUAGCUGUUUAUGUUGUACAGCUGUAUGUACUAUUUUCUCACUUCCUUUUGCAUUUGAUCGUCUUGAACAUAUUGGCAACAUAUUUCCAGAUAUUGUAUUCAAAAAAUUCGGUAGGUAUAUUUCAUCUAUAGAAAAAUCGAAUGAAAAUCUUUCCAAUAUUCGAUUAAUAAAUGAACUGUUGAAAAGUUCGAGUAGUGCUACAUUCAUAGAUAAUAUGCGAUUAAAAAUGGCUAAUUUUGAUACAUUACCACGAAGUGAAACAGCAAGUUAUACAUCAAUGAAUUCAACACAAUCAUCGGUAACAAAAAAUGGAGGAGGUGGUAGUGGAUCAACGAAUUUUGAUAUUGAUUUUAAUGAAUCAAAUUUACAAGUUCAUAAACGUUCACCAUUUUAUAUUAUUCAAGAUUCGAGCUCAACACAUCGCACUGGUCGUCUUGAAGAGUUUCAAAAUUAUUGUUUUCUUCCACUUGAACUUCAUGAUGUUAGUCAAAUAAAAGCAAGUUUAAAUUGA